AUGCUCAGCCGUAUGCGGUCUCCCAAGGAGGAGGAGGAGGAGGAGGAGGAGGAGGAGGAGGAGGAGGAGGAGGAGGAGGAGGAGGAGGAGGAGGAGGAGGAGGAGGAGCAAGUGUGGAGCAAAAGAGGACAGCAGGGGCGCACCGAGAGCGAUGAAGCUGCAGGCGUGGGACCAGCAGAGCCAUUGGGAGCAGGAGGCAAAGGGGUUGACGAGGAAAUAGAUGCAGUAGCCUGCGCAGGGGGAGGGGGAGGUGGUGGAUGGAUAGGGGAAACGGAUCAGAGAGGGCAGCAGCUGCGUGAGCUGGGCGCUCAGGCGCAGGGGCCCUUGGACGACCAACUGCCACGAGGCAAGGGCAGGAGGCGACGCGGAGGCCAGGGCAAGCAGCGGUCGGGCAAUCAGCAGGAUCAGCAGGCAGAGGGCGAGUUGGGGCGGCCGCUUACGAGCCAACGUCCGGGAGGCCAGCUGGUGCGACGGCGGCCACUGUCAGGGGAACAGGGAGUGACUGCAGCACCUGAGGGCGUGCAGCAGGCAGGGGGACAGCAGGGAGUGACUGCAGCACCCCAGGGCGUGCAGCAGGCAGGGGGACGACAGGGAGUGACUGCAGCACCUGAGGGCGUGCAGCAGGCAGGGGGACAGCAGGGAGUGAUUGCAGCACCUCAAGGCGUGCAGCAGGCAGCGGGACAGCAGGGAGUGACUGCAGCACCCCAGGGCAUGCAGCAAACAGCGGGACAGCAGGGAGUGACUGCAGCACCUGAGGGCGUGCAGCAGGCAGGGGGACAGCAGGGACUGAUUGCAGCACCUCAAGGCGUGCAGCAGGCAGCGAGACAGCAGGGAGUGACUGCAGCACCCCAGGGCGUGCAGCAGGCAGCGGGACAGCAGGGGGUGACUGCAGCACCUCAGGGCGUGCAGCACGCAGGGGGGCAGCUGGGGGCGAGGGCAGCACUUCAGGGCGUGCGGCAGCGGCAGCAGUAG